CUGAAAAUAUGCCUGCGAAAAAAUCGGGUGAAUCGUCCGAUAAGGACAAAAAACCAGCUGCAGCGAAAAAAGAUGCUGCAAAGGCUGGAGAUAAGAAACCUGCCACAUCAGGAGCUCAACCUGCAAAAAAACCAGCUGAACCAGCAACAAAGAAAACUGCUGAAAAACGUCCAGCACCAGCAACUACAAGCAAACCAGCUGAAAAGAAAACAGCAAAGCCUGUUGAAAAGAAAGCUGCACCAGCUUCUAAGGCUGCAAAGCCAGCUGAAAAGAAAGCUGCUGCUCCAGCGAAGAAAACUGCUGAAAAGAAGCCAGCUGUAAAGAAAACUACAAAACCAGCAGCCAAGAAAGAUGGUAAGCCUAAGAAGGCACCAGUCAAGAAAGUUGCUGGAAAAGUUGCAGCCAAAAAACCAGUUGCAGUGAAAAAACCAACAACUAUUACAGCAGCAAAAUUGCAAAAAGGAUCAGCUCGCGCAAAGGCAGCAGCUAUCUUAAAGGCAAAACGUGCACGUCUGAAGGCUGUCAAGGGACCAUUCGGAACUCGUCUACGUAAAGUUCGCACUUCAGUUCGUUUCCGUCGUCCCAAAACCCUCAGAUUACCCCGUAAUCCUAAAUAUCCACGAAAGGCAGUUCCAACCAGAAAUCGCAUGGACGCAUUUAACAUAAUUAAAUAUCCAUUGACAACUGAAGCCGCAAUGAAGAAAAUCGAAGACAACAAUACCUUGGUUUUCCAAGUUCAUUUGAGAGCUAACAAGAAUCACAUUCGUGCAGCCGUACGUAAACUUUAUGAUAUCAAAGUUGCUAAAGUUAAUUGCUUGAUUAGACCUGAUGGCAAGAAGAAGGCAUAUGUUAGAUUGGCACGCGAUUACGAUGCGCUUGAUAUUGCCAACAAAAUCGGAAUCAUCUAAACCAUACAUAAUUUGAUGAUAAUGGUAAUUAUUUUCAUCUUUGAGAAUUUUUAUUUGUAUCUUUAAAUAAGAAUAAUAAUGUGAGCGGGGAUGAAAACAUGAAAUAAAACAAAUUCCUUUAAAAACAACCUG